CUCGUCCCCUCGGCUCUUCCCGGGUCUCGUCCGCCGGCGGCGCGGCCGGCCGGGCGGGGCGCGGGAGUGGCUGUCUCUGGCGGGAGAAGGAGGCUGGUGGCUCGGCCGGGCGACCUCCGAAGCUUCCCUCCCGCCGGGGUGGCGUGGGCUGCUUCCCCAGGUGGACUGGGGGGCGCUGAAUAUGGCGCGCUGCCCACCUUCCUGCAAGUUGGGAUGAGGCGCCUAGGCGGCAGUUCGAGGAGGAGGGCGCAAAGUCCUUUUGUACGCAGAAAUAAGGAGCGACAUUGUGUUUUCCUCCACAGCGGAGAUGCCCACCGAGGGCUCUGGGUUCUAACCGGGCCUGGAGUGGUGGUUCCUGGGGUAGGAGAGCGGGGAGGCGGCGCACCCCUCGGAAAGAACGGACCUUUGCCUCGGUUAAAACGGGGUCUGGGAUGGGGAUUCCGGUCUUGUGCUUGAUCCUGUCCCGUAUCCCAGGUUUCUUGGAUUCAGGGGUUUGCCGUUGUAUGUUUUGUAGUGAUGAUGUCCACUGCGGUUCUCACCUGUUGUGUCAUUGCUGCUGGUCCCAAACUUGGUACGGUGCACCUGACUGCCCACCAGAACUUGGAAUUGUUAAAUUAUCUUAAUGUUGUUAGGGCUUCAAAGGCUAUCCGCUCUGACCAGUUGGAGGAGCUGUUAACAGUUCAUCCCAUCUUCCCAGCCAUUAAAAUAUCGUGUACUAAUUGUUUACGUUAGAGUUGGUAUCGGUUGGGCUGAAUUCUUUUCCCUAGGCAAAGCAAAAAUUCACAUUUUACUGAGUGUUUAAACGGUGUAUUUGGGUGAAAAUUAGUGGGAGUGAACCUGUCAGUUGGGACAGUGCUCUGAAGGAGAGUGGGAACGCUUUUGUCCUUCUGGGAGGAGUGUCCCUUUUCCUCGUCUUCAGCCAUUCCUCUUAAAUUCUUUUCUCUUUGGUCUUGAACACUAAGUUAUUGGAUUGUUCCUCGCUCAAGGGAAGAGAAGAGGGGAACAUCGGAGAAACUUUUUUAUAGGUGGCUGUUGUGGUCUUUAUUUCUGUAGGGAUGAGUGUUAAAAUCAAAGGUGGAAAUAAUGGUAAAUCUAAAACAUCCUGUUCCCUCCCCCACCCUUACCUUUAGUACUGUUUAUGUGUGUCUGAGCAUAUGCACACUUGGCCAGUGCUUUUACUGCUGGCCUAUCUUUAGCCUCCGUCCCCCAUUUUAUUAUUACUACUAUUACCAAGGGGGAGUCGUGUGUGCUGCAGUGUCUGCAUGGUCAGAGGACAACUCUGUGGGUUCUGGGAUUGGCUCUGGUUACAUGGCUUGCUGGACAACUGCCUUUACCCACGGUGCCAUAUUGCUUACCAUCUGUUCCCCACUUUUACCCCGUCUCAAGACAAAGGAAAAUCAUAAAGGAUAGUAAAUUGAUGAUUUUCUUCCUUGCUGCACUCCCCCCCUCCACCCACCCCCAGGGUCUGACUAACGUGGAAUUUACUGUAUUGAUCCUCCUCCUUCAGCCUGCAAGAGCAAAGAUUACAGGCAGAAACCACGACGCCCAGCUAAAAAUCCUAAGGGUGGAAUGAUAUGUGAUUUGAGUGUACCACGCUUUGUUUUCCAUCCACCCACUGAUGGACACUUGGGUAGCUCCCAUCUUUCGGCUGUUGUGAAUGAUGCUCCUAUGAACAUGGGUGUGCACAUAGCUCUGUGAGACCCUGCUUUCAGUUUUUCUGGAUCUUCAUGGAGGACCACGGAGUGACCCAAACUGAACACAUGGCUACCAUAGAAGCCCAUGCAGUGGCUCAGCAAGUCCAGCAGGUCCAUGUAGCCACAUACACCGAGCACAGCAUGCUCAGUGCUGAUGAAGACUCCCCGUCCUCCCCUGAGGACACUUCUUAUGAUGACUCGGAUAUCCUCAACUCCACGGCAGCGGAUGAGGUAACUGCACACCUGGCCGCCGCAGUGCUGGGGAUCAAACCCAGGGCCUCGCAUAUACUAGGUCCUGUGGGAAUGGCUGCUGCUGCUGCUGUGGCAACCGGGAAGAAACGGAAACGUCCUCAUGUGUUUGAGUCUAAUCCGUCUAUCCGGAAGAGACAGCAGACACGUUUGCUUCGGAAGCUGAGAGCCACGUUAGAUGAAUAUACUACUCGAGUGGGACAGCAAGCUAUUGUUCUCUGUAUCUCACCCUCCAAACCCAACCCCGUCUUUAAGGUGUUUGGAGCAGCACCUCUGGAGAACGUGGUGCGAAAGUACAAGAGCAUGAUCCUGGAAGACUUGGAGUCUGCUCUGGCAGAACACGCCCCUGCGCCACAGGAGGUUAAUUCAGAGCUGCCACCUCUCACCAUAGACGGGAUUCCUGUCUCUGUGGACAAAAUGACCCAGGCUCAGCUCCGGGCAUUUAUCCCAGAGAUGCUCAAGUAUUCCACAGGUCGGGGAAAACCAGGCUGGGGGAAAGAAAGCUGCAAACCUAUCUGGUGGCCAGAAGACAUCCCAUGGGCCAAUGUCCGCAGUGAUGUCCGCACAGAAGAGCAAAAGCAGAGGGUUUCAUGGACCCAGGCAUUACGGACCAUAGUUAAAAAUUGUUAUAAGCAACAUGGACGGGAAGAUCUUUUAUAUGCUUUUGAAGAUCAGCAAACACAAACACAGGCCACUACCACACAUAGUAUAGCUCACCUCGUACCAUCACAGACCGUAGUACAAACCUUCAGUAACCCUGAUGGCACCGUCUCGCUCAUCCAGGUGGGUACGGGGGCAACAGUAGCUACAUUGGCCGAUGCUUCAGAACUGCCGACCACAGUCACUGUUGCCCAAGUGAAUUAUUCUGCUGUGGCUGAUGGAGAGGUGGAACAAAAUUGGGCCACGUUACAGGGAGGUGAAAUGACCAUCCAGACAACACAAGCAUCAGAAGCCACUCAGGCGGUGGCAUCACUGGCAGAGGCCGCAGUGGCAGCUUCUCAGGAAAUGCAACAGGGAGCUACUGUCACCAUGGCACUCAACAGUGAAGCUGCCGCCCAUGCUGUCGCCACACUGGCUGAAGCCACCUUACAAGGCGGGGGACAGAUAGUCCUGUCUGGGGAAACCGCAGCAGCCGUUGGAGCACUUACUGGAGUCCAAGAUGCUAAUGGCCCAGGUGACGUUCAUGCAUGGACCAUCAGGAAAGCCGUGAAGGCUCCUCGGGCUGCAGGAAAGAUUCACACAGAUUUUGGAAAGGGAUUCAUUAUGGCGGAAGUAAUGAAAGACGAAGAUCUUAAAGAGGAAAGUUCUGACAAUGCAGCUAUGGCUGCUGGGAAGUACAGUCAACAAGGCAGAACUUACGUUGUUGAAGAUGGAGAUAUUAUCUUCUUCAAAUUUAAUUCGCCUCAGCACCUGAAAAAGAAAUAAAGUUUAGCUCUUAACUUUAGCAUAUGUAUGGUUUUGGUUUUGACUUCGGGGUAGUUUUGUUUUUAGCUCAAGUGUCUGACACCUGAAGGCACACAGUUGGCCUGGGACUCUUGUAAAAAUCGUUACAUUAAAAUAGAAGUUGAGUUCUGGUUUCCUUUUGGAAGGAGAGUUUGGUUGGAGUGAACACAACAGUCAGGAGUGCUCACUGUCCUAACGAAGAACCCACGAGCAUCAGUGGGUCCGGUCCAAGGGACCUAGUGCCCUCUUCUGGCUUCCGGGGGUACCUCACACUUGCCAUUUGCUUGCACGGAUGCAUAUAGACACACAGUUAAUAAAAACAUUUUUUUAAAAGGGGGGAAGGAAGGAGAGCUGGCAGGAGUUUGUGUAUAGGAUGUGAAGUCAAGGGUGGUGAGGGAGGCUUCAGAAACUUGAACCUGAGCAACGGGAAGGAUGUAAUUGCCAUGUACUGAGGUAAGGAGGAGAGGGAAGGCGGGGCUCCAUGUCUCUGCUUAUCAAGACAGAGCAGGCUCAGGUCUCAUUUCAGAGGAAACAU